AUGCCGCCACCUUCGUUCAGAUCGAAGUCGCUGUGGCGGGCCGGGCCGUACAUCUUGGUGUGGAUGGCCGUCAGCAUAUCUCUGAUCUUCAUGAACCGCGGCAUUGUGAAGACGAUGGGGUGCCCAGCAUUUCUGACUGCCUGGCACAUGGCGGUCAGCUCGGUGCUCGUGCGGGCCCUGCGGUGCGUGGCGCCCCCGAGGCUUGGCCUCUUCAGCGAGGAGCGGCUCGAGGUUUCGCUGCAAACAUGGUUGACGAAGCUGUUGCCCAUCGCGGCUCUCUUCUCCACCUCGCUUGCCAUGGGCAACCGCGCGUACCUUUAUUCUUCCGUUGCUUUUAUUCAGAUGAUGAAGGCGUCGCACGCCGUUAUGACGUACCUGCUCAACGCCCUGGUGGGGGCCGAGCUCUUCACCUGGAACAAGCUGCGUAUCGUCAUCCUGGUGUGCUGCGGAGUGGUGCUGGCCGUGACGGGCGAGCUCCAUUUCCGCAUGGUGGGGUUCUUAUGCCAGAGCCUCUCGUCGGUCUCGGAGUGCGCGCGGAUAGUCCUUAUUGGGCAGCUCCUGAACAAGAGCGGCCUGAAGAUGGAUCCCUUGACCGCCAUCUCCUAUUAUGCGCCACUGUGCCUCGUCUUUCUGGUGCCCCUGGCCCUCGUGACCGAGAUGCCGUCCGACUGGGGCGCCUUCGCGGAGGACCUCCAGCGGGAGGUCGGCUUCUGCUGGCUGCUGUUGAACGGGCUGGUCGCCUUCACCCUGAACGUGUUUGUGGUGCUUUUGAUCGAUGCCACCAGCCCAGUGGUUUUCGUACUGUGCGGCAUCAUGAAGGAUGUCGCCCUCGUCGUCGGCUCCGUUGUGGUCCUGCACCAGGCAGUGGCCCUGCAGCAGAUCGUCGGCUACGCUGCAGCAGUUGUAGGAAUCCAGCUCUUCAACCUCGUGUCCAGGAACCAAGACGAGUUAGAGGCUAAAGGCCUCGUCCGCGGCAGCUGGGAUGUGGUGAGCCGAUGGUUGGCCCCUGAGCAGGCGAAGGCAGACGAGAUGGGCGAGCUCAGCAACCACAAGGACUCGGACGUGCUGAGCGAGUCCCUGGCGUCGGGCAGCACGCGCGCGGGCUCGCCCCUCGCGGGGGAGCCCCUCGAGUAG